GGCCUUCUGGGUAAGAGAGAGAGAGCGAGCGAGCGAGCGAGGGAGAGACAGGCGUCUUGCGCUCAGCUUUCAUUCCCCGCUGCACGCGCUUACGGAGAGACACGCACACACAAGCAGCAGUCGCGCAAGCAUUCAGCGCGCCAGGGAUAUCGCGUAUCGGAACCGGGACAAAGAGACGGAAAAUUUUUAUCGCGAUCGGUCCGUUAGGUUACAGAGAGAGUAGGGAAUUCGUGUGGCGGUUUUGUUGGCCAGUGGUCCGUAAAUGUGCGUGUGAGGACCGGCUCGUGCACACACGAGCAAACACACUGCUGCCGUUCUCGCGGCGUGGCUUUCGAUCGCUCGUUGUCUCGUUCGAGCCCAACAUGGCGCUGCGAGGCGUCAUAUAGCAGACUGAGUUCAGUUCAGCCAGAGCCCCGGGGAUUUUUCGCCACCUGUGCAUUCACGCGAUUCGUUUUGAAGCCAUCCUCCUCUUGUGAAUCAAAGGAAUUACGUUUGACUGCUUCUGCAUGGAUGUAUAUGGAUCUCCUAUGCGUGUUCACAGCUUUUCCAGGAGUGGAUAUUCAUAUUCGGCAAGUCCGGAGAUACUUUGAACUUCUGAAGGACUUGCUUUGACAACAAAGAGAAAACUAGGCUUAGCAGAUUGAGCUGAGUUAUAUAUAGGCUACAUAGUAAUGCAGCGUUCAAUAGGAGCAUCUGAUCCUCUUUGUUUUAACGGGAAUCUUUGCAUAUCUUAAAAACUAAAAGAGUGAAAACGUGCAUUUAACGAGGAAAGCCCAUACUUUCCGUGAGACUCCAUGAACAACAAUCAUCACUACAUUCAGAAAAUUAUCCUUAUGGGAUGGUGAAGACGAGGGAAUCUGUUGAGAACUAACAGAGAAACAGAGUCCUCAUUCAAAGCAUGGUGGAUGCGAGUACAACCUGCAGAAUGAACCCUCUCAGUGCACUUGGCAUCGAUCGGGCCAGCCUGAUGCGGGAGAGCCUCCACGUUCAUGGAGGGAUGGUUUAUCCACCAGGAAUCCGGACCCUGCCAACAGAAAAGGGCUAUGUUGGUGACAGGAUCCCUGACUUGCUUUACAAACCAGAUGUGUCUCUCGACAGCAGAAAGACCACAAACAGUUACGUUGGACUUUAUAAAAGUUCCCCACCUGGGAUUCAAAAGCCACUGGUUGUGCCUGGGUCUGGUGCAGAUGCUUUAGGGUUGGAUAGACGGGUCGUACAAGCAGAUAAGCCCCCAGAAUUGAGUCUCAAUGGUGGUAGCAGCUAUCUGCGGGUUCCCUGGAUGAAUCCCUAUCAUGAAGCUGGAAUGUACCCCUUCUUAGACUCCAGUAAAUACACUGCUUUGAACAUGUAUAAAGCAUCGAUCCUGUCACAACCGCCACCUUACCUUCCCCAGCAUCUGGCCUACCAGUCUCUAUGUGCAGGAGCAGGAGGCAGUGCAGCUGGUACAGAGCGUUUGUUUUACAUGCCCCCCUAUCCCCCUGCACCUAUAUCUUCGCCCCUUGCUCCUCCUCUCAGGAUCCCCACUGCAACUGUUGCCCCUACUGCACUGUCACCUAUGAUGCACCACCAGGACAAAACGAUACAGAGUAUUGGGCCAAGGAUCCACCAUGAGCCCUCAGCAUUUGGGCAGCAGACAAUGCAUCAGCAGACCCAGUCCCACCACCAGUCACCCAGUGAUAGGCAGCACAGCAGCAGUGGAAACAGUGCCAGCAACAGCAAGUCCAUCCGGACCCCAUCCAGCAAAAACACAAGCAGCACUAGCAGUAAUGUCAGCAACAGUAGCAGCGUUGGUGUUAGCAGCAGCUCCAGUUCCAUAGUCUCAGUAGACUCAUGUCCUUCCCUUAUAAUGCAGCCGCCCCGCCCUACACCACGCCCCCCUCAGCCACCUGCAGCACCUCCACCCCCUCCCCCACCUCUUGUGGAUAGCACUAUGGAGUUCCAGAAGCCUCCGUACAGAAGUCCUUCCUCAUCCUCUUCAUCUUCGCCAUCGGUUGCUCACCCUGUCUACAUCAGCAGCAUGUCCAAAGAGCUUCGCUCUCCAAUUCGGCCCACUAGCCAGAAGCCUAAAGCCAAAGAGGCAACCAUUGAGUCCAACAGAGGUAUGGGGAAUGAAAGAAAGAGCAGUAGCUCACCUGUUAAGACGUCUUCUGAGAAACCACCUCAACAGGGACCCAUUACCAAAGACCCAGCAGACAAGCCUUUAGACCUGUCUGCCAAAAUCAUGGACUUUGAAGGACCUACCAAUGGGUAUCCCCCAAAAUUAGAGGCCUUAGCCAAGCUUGGCUAUUCCUCUACCGCCCGUUAUGGACUUACAAACAGGGAGCUUUUAAAAGAAACUCUGUCUCCAUCAUCCUCCACAGUUAGCACUUCUUCUAAAACUCCAGAAAGGCCUGAAAUAAUUAGCACUUUACCAUCUUCCUGGGUGGUGCCGAGUCCUACCCAGACAAUCAGCUCUGACGCUAGUCAAAACAAAGGCUCCAGCAUCAUCAAGAAUAAGAAUCUUGAACAUGUGGUGCCACAGUCAAGAAGUUCCUCUUGUCCCAGAAUUGAUGACCAAAACAAUGGCUCAGUCCCAUGUUCUGCCCCAACUGUCGUGACUACACCAUCUCGGCCAUCAUCUGUCUCGCCUUCUCCCAAGAUUAAUGGUGAAUGGCCAAAGUCGGUUCCCACCCCACCAGAAAAGACCCCAACAGCUACAAAGCCCUCAAAGACACUCAAAAAACCUGAAACCCCUGAAAUUGGCUUCAAGCCUCAGCAAUCACAUUUAGAGAAUGGACAUGCUCCAAGCCACCUCUACAUGCCUCAGGGUGAAACUUAUCUUUCUCCCAGCUUAGCAUAUUCUAGUAGAUAUCUCUCGUACCCAGUACCCGAGAGUCUUUCCCUUUCCCACUUGCAGUUGUCAGGAAAAGGGCCAGUGUACCCUCAUCCAGUUCUGCUGGGCACUAACAGUCUGUAUUCAGCCCGCUUGCCACACAAGCCUGGCAUCCCAUAUGGAAUCCCACCCAGUCAUGGAGAAUAUCUGACCUACCACGACUCACAGGAGAUGGUCCAUCCACUAAUGUCUCCCCACCUGCCCCUGGACCACAAAGUCACUGAGCGUCUGGAACUGAGGCACAGACCCCUGGACAAGCCUUGGCAUCAUGACGAGGCUCCGUACAAACGCCAAAGCAUCGCUGACACAGACCCAGGCUACAAAUCUGAGAGGGAGUCAGAGAGGCAAGAAGUUUUGGGCUCAAAGUCUCAGAGCAAGCCUCACACAGUGAAUAAAGAGGAGAUUGUCUGCAUCGACCUGGUCCAAGAUGACACAGAUGGCAGUCCAGAGCCAGACAAACAUAGUGCUGUCGAUGCCAAAUGCAAAGAGCCAGCUAAGCCAGUCGGCAGUGGGACAGGGAUGGGGAAUGAGAGUGGCAGUAAUUCUGAAGGGAAAGAGCCAGAGCUCAUGCAGAUUUUGCGCUCCGGCCAGCCUGCCGUAUCCUGGCCAACUGAUUCAGAGCGGCGGGCAGAGGUAUGCAGUCCGCCUCGACCACAGAAGCAGUCUGACUCUCCUGUGCACAGCCAGAGUGAGGAAAGCUCCCCUGAGCAUAGCCCACUACCUGACAUGUUGGAAGAGCAGACACUGCGCUGUGCCAGAACCUCCGGUGAAAGGGCUCGAGCUGAUGGUGCAGAAUUCAAAGUCGAUAGGCACCACGCUAAUCGGCAAUAUGCGGAGCUGGGCAAGGAUGUACCAGAAGAUGCAGAGUCCCAUGAGGAUGAGGAGGAAGGACAUGGGUUGUCUAAAAGCAAGAGAUCCAGCUUGGCCAAGAGAAUAGCCAACUCCUCAGGCUAUGUUGGCGACCGCUUCAAGUGCGUCACCACUGAGCUGUACGCGGACUCCAGCAAACUGAGCCGGGAACAGCGAGCCUUGCAGAUGGAAGGAUUAUCACAAGAGGACAGUAAUUUAAGUCAACCAGCUGCGUUUUGGGAGCGUGCGAUGAUGCGUUUCUCGGAGCUGGAGCUGAAGGAAAAGGAGGGGUGUGUGUCGUCUGCAGCGCCUGGACCGGGGAGAGAGCGGGAGAGAGAGAGGGAGCUGGCAGAGAGCCAGCGUGGAGCGGGAGACUGGGAACGAAGCCAGCCAAGCUCCAGGCCCUCCGCAGCCCUUUCGGCCCUCUCCGAUCACACCGAGCAGCACAACGGUGUGUCACCGACAUGUGCAAACAACAGAGUUCCCGUGCUCCAGCGGUGCGGCCCACCAGCCGAUGUCCCGCAGUCCCGCCGAGUGGAGGAGAAGAGAGCGAGGGACGUGAAAGGAGAGGAGGAGGGGUCUGUUGGCACGGCGACGGGCAGGAAACGUGCAUUGGGUUUGGAACAGAGCCAAGGCCACCCUGAUUGCACGCACACCGCGGAAGAGAGAGAUGGAGAGAGACGGACGCGAGGAGAGGACGAUAAUGGCAUCGCGGCGAAGAGAGCGAGACUGAUUUCAGACGUGUGGCCGCAGCCCUCCGAGCAGGAGGUGAAGAAUCUGAAGGUGUGUAUCGAGUUGACGGGUCUUCGGCUCAGUAAACCCCGCCACCUUCAUAAUCUUCAGGAACUGUGGGAUAGACAGGGGCAGCUCAACCAUGACAGGCCGCAAUUCGGAGCUCCCAACAUGGGUUUGUCUCCCACAUCCAAAGCUUCCCUUCCACCACUCCAAACCACCAGGAGGGAAAAGCUUGACCCUUGCCCCUCAGAGAUCCCGAGAGUCGCCCACGGUGUCCCUGCUGUGGAUCGAAAGGUCAAAGCAAAUGGAUUUGAAGAGAAGGGGCUGAAGAGGAAAGCCGAAGUGGAGAAAGGCUGGACUAAGGACCAGCUGGAAUACGCAGAGUCUGACACAGGUGUUCCUGUUCUCUCUGACGGCUUUUGUGGUGAUUCCAUACGGAAGUUUUCCUCCGCUAUCCCAUCUCAUCUUGCAGACAAACGGCAGCGAUUAAAAGAGCACCGCAAGUCAUUGGGAUCCUCCUCGCCCUCUCCAGACCCCGACGGCACCUUCCCAUCUCGUUUGCGCAGGCACGGCGACCCUGAAAAGCCAAAGGGCAAACGGCAGUGCAAGACCAAGCACCUCGGCCAACAGGAGCGCAGGAUGCUGUCGCAGUCAACCAAUGAGGAGUGCCCUGAACUCAGCCCCGCCCACCAACACAAGGUGGUGAAACGUUCCGCCCAGAAGCAGCCAGCAUCUCUUUCUGAUUACGAGUCUUCUCCGGUCAAACCUCGUCCCCCUUCUCCUGCCUACCAACCCGUGGCGCCCCCGACCCCUCCAUGCGCCAUUCCGGAUGUGCCAGUACCUCCGGUCGCCCCCGCACCUCCAGUGUCAGCGGAGCCGCCAGUCAGCAGGCCCAUGCCGCCGGAAGCGCGCCGACUCAUCGUCAACAAGAACGCAGGCGAGACUCUACUGCAGCGAGCUGCGCGGCUGGGAUACGAGGAGGUGGUUUUGUACUGUCUGGAGAAUAAAGUGUGUGACGUGAAUCAUCGGGAUAAUGCGGGUUACUGCGCACUCCACGAGGCCUGUUCCCGCGGUUGGCUCUCCAUCGUACAGCACUUACUGGAGCAUGGGGCCGACAUCAACUGCAGCGCGCAGGACGGCACCAGGCCUCUCCAUGAUGCUGUGGAAAACGAUCAUCUAGAUGUGGUCCGACUGCUGUUGUCAUACGGCGCUGAUCCGACUUUAGCUACCUACUCUGGCCGCAGUUUGCUGAAGAUGACCCACAGUGACAUAAUGGAGUGUUUUCUGUCUGAUUACUUUGCUGACCUGCAGGGCAGAGCGGACGAUGACCCCGGUGUGUACUGGGAGUUUUACGGCAGCGCAGUGUGCGAGCCUGCCGACGACUCGUCUGGUUACGACAUCCUAGCCAACCCGCCUGGACCCGGCGAAGACGAGGAUGAACAGAGAGAAGUUUUCGAGUUCGAAUUCUCUGACCGGCCGCUGCUGCCAUGCUACAACAUCCAGGUGUCUCUCUCGCAGGGACCUAGAAACUGGUUGCUGCUUUCAGACGUCCUCAAGCGCCUGAAGAUGUCUGCCAGAACGUUCCGUGCCACGUUCACACACAUUGAAGUAGUGACUAUAGCCGAGGCGGAAUUCUACAAGCAGGCAUCUCUGAGUCAGCUGUUCUCUUGUCCGGAGGAGCUCGAGGGAUUCAUGCCCGACAGCAAGGAACUCUUGGAUCUGGUGGAAAUCAGCGCUGAGCUGGUGGCCCUGCUGGGGUCGUCGCUUGAAUGCUUGGACGACCGCUGGGAGCCAGUAUCCAGACCUCGCUCGUGAGCUUCUGCACAUGCACGCACACUCAUACUGACUCUCGGAUGGACCCCUGGAGACCCAUGGAGAACUAGAAGCAAAGGAAAAGGAUAUUCUGAGGCAGUUCUUGACAUUUCAAGGAACUUCUGGACUGGUAGCCAAAGGCAAAAUUUGGGUCCCAGCGCAGCUGAUCUUUCUGUUUGGCUACGAGAAGGUUUUAGAACAUCUAGACAUCUCUUGCGCUCUUCUCGCAUACUAAUUCUCCUGGUGACGAUGCAAACCUGUACAUAGUGUACAUUCUGCAGAUAUGGAAAGAGAACGAACCUGAGAUUUGGACCACUAUCUCUGGCUAACUGAGAUAUGAAGCCAUGCUCGCAAUGAAGAACUCUUUCAUUUAAAAGAGAUGUUUUCUAAAUAGGAAUAUAAGUAUAUAUACAGUCACUGUAUUUUAUUUGUGUGUAUUAUAUAUAGAUAUAAAUAUAUAUAUAUAUAUAUAUAUAUAUAUAUAAAUAUAAAUAAAUAUAUAUAUAUGCGCUGCCUUUUUUGUCUUGUUUAGUCAGGUCUUUAUUUUAUAAUUGGAGUUACGAUGUUGUAAAUACAUAAUCGGGUUGAAAUGGGGUUUUAAUCGUGAUGUCAACGUUAGAGGAGUUACAGAGGCCGGAAGCCCCUUCGGUUCGUCAAGAGUUAAUUAGCGCACUUCGUCAGCGAUUUUCCUCGCCUGGAGUAGACGUUUUUAUGGUGUUGACCAGUAACCAGUGUGGGAUUUUUUCAGUCUCCCGUGUUAAACUCUAAUCUACAAAGCUAUUUCGUACCCUGUACGCAAGCUGUUGCUUUGACUAAGUCACUUAUUUAUGAGUAGAAAUUAAGAUAUUUUAAUGUGGCUUUUCUUUGUAAAAUAUUAAAGUAAUUGUAAAAUACUAAUCUGACGCUUUGUUAGGCAAAGACAUGCUUGAACUUGUAAAUAAUGGGUUGACUAUUUCAGUAACUUGUUUCUGACGUGUGUUAUUGUUUUUUGGAGAAGUGUUCGGACUUUGUAAUUACAUACGCUAUCCUUUGUAUUUAUAUUUUACCAAAAAAAGUUCCUUUAAAUAAAUGGCAAUAAAAGAUUGUGUACA